CGUAAUUGUACUUAAGUACCAAACUUAAUGCUCCACCGUACAAACAAGAAGGUGCGCACCGUACUCCGACGUAGCUCUUAGGUAAGCCAAUGACAUGAGCUCUCUUGCAUCCGCUUGACGAAGCUAUUGCAGCCUUGUAAGUUACAAGCCAUACAAACAUCACGCAACUAAAUUAUAACAACAAUCCCACCAUUCGACUUCGAUUCUUACACACAUCAAACUCCUUCAUAAACCCGAUAAUUCCUCAUCAUGUCGUCUAUAAUACCGGUUAUAACGUUCAAGGCUGGUAUAUGCGAGGUUGAUAGCUCCUCAAGACCCUACAAGAUCAAGGCUUCGCCCCGUCCAGGUUACAUUUACCUCUAUUCCGAAGAUGAAUUACUUCACUUCUGCUGGCGAGAACGAAAUGUCCCCCUCGAUUCGCCCGAACUAGACCUCGUCAUGGUGCCCACAGAUGGCCACUUCCUCCCCUACGACGCCGGCAGCCAGCCCAGCAGUGCGAAGAAGCCCGACGGCCGCAUCUUCAUCCUCAAGUUCCUUUCCUCAUCCCAGCGCUACCUCUUCUACCUCCAAUCGAAACCCCAAGGCCGGACUGGUGACCCGCGCUGGUUCAGUCCCCGCGAUCUGAAGAUCGGCGAUAUUGUCGACAAGCUCCUACAAGGCGAGGAAGUCAAUGUUGCGCGCGAACUAGCCUCAAUUAAUAACAGCGAUAACGACGACCGACGCGGUGACGAUAACGAUGAGGCUAUGGAGGACAUCGAGGAUUCUAAUGACCCCCAUGGAGGCAGCGGAGGUGCUGGCGCGGGCGCAACGGGCGGCGAUGUACGAGAAGAGGGCGAGGAAGCGCGAGAAGGUGGUGCCGACGGUGCUAGAGCUGCUGCUGCCGGUACGUCAGAUGCUGCUGAGGCUGUGAGAAACUUCCUAGAUUCAUUAAGAGGAGGCGGCGGUGCCGGAGGGAACCAAGGGGAAGGAAAACUCUACCCGCUUCUUUCGGAUCUCCUCACACCUCCUGUCACUGUUCCCAUGGCCCAACUAGCUACGGAAGAACAGGUCAAUGAAUUACUUAGUUUCUUACCCCCUUCGGUACUUGUGCUGUCCCAACAAUCCGACCAAGGGGACGCGACGGCAGAGCCUACUGCUGCAGCAAUCCAAGCCGCUAAGGAGGCAAUGAGUCUUGGCCAGAAGAAGGCGCUAUUGGAGAAAGUCCUACGAAGUCCCCAGUUCCACCAGAGCUUAGCUAGCUUGACGAUGGCUAUUCGAGACGGUGGUUUACCUAGUAUUGCCGAUGCACUAUCGAUUAAGGUCGAGAAUGGGGGUUACCUGAGAGGCAGUCAAAUGCCUCUAGGUGGCGGAGAUGCAGUGGAAGCCUUUGUUGAAGGAGUCAAGAAAAGCGUCCAGAAGAAGUAGAUAGGUCAUAUCCCUGCUAUUGAGUUGUACUAGGAGGUUAACAGGCGCACAAGUUAAUCCUUUGUGCGUCAGGACAAUUACGUUGUUCACUGUUGUUAAAAUACAAACCUCGGUCCUAAUACCAAUAACAAAGGCCUUCGGUAAUUUUGAAAGGGAGUGUAUAUCUCUGAUGCUCUAAGAACUUGGGUUAGAGAUAUUUAUACACAAGUGCCCCUAGUUUUUUAGCGGUCUAUUCAGUGCUCACGAAAUUUUUUUAACCUUCUACGGGGGAUAGUCUUACCACAAGUCAAAAGAAUUAUCACGGGGUAUGGGUGAGUAGGGAGUCUUACCCGUCGUGAAUAUUGACGGACUAAUGUAUAUAACUUACGGGUAUAUCACCCCAAGGAUCGGGUCGUUCCCUUAUUCGAAUCUCAAUCUAAAACAAAGUUAUAUGAA